UUUUGCGAUUUGUCAUGUGGAGUGUGGGUACUUGAUUGUGGAAUUUUAACAUUAUUAAAAGCUUUAAUUUUAAAAUUUUAGCAUGUUUUAGAAUUUUUGGUAAAUCAUACUAUUUAUUGUGUCUAGCAAUUUAGUAUUAAAUUAUAACUAUUCAACUUUUCAACUCGCAGUUUUUUUCUGAUUAGGCUUCAAUAGUGAGGUUAUGUUAAACAAUAUAACAUAUUUCUUUUGUAUAAUAAAUAUAAAAUGACUGAAGGCGAGACUUUCAACAAUUGCCGGACAGUGGCGAUACCGUGGCCAUUUUCGAAGAGAAAAGUAGAAUGUGCUGGUGCCGCAUUUUUACGUUAUUAUAAUAUCAAAUGCCACGGUGAAGAUACAUUUUUAGAAGCGUCGACAUCUAAAGAUAAAACUGAAGAAGUGGUUUUUGAAGACAACGUAGAAUAUUUGCGAAGCUUAGACCCUAAAGAAUGGAAAAAACAAGACCAUUAUGCUGUUCUCGGUAUGAAAGACCUACGUUUUAAAGCGUCUGACGAUGACAUUAAGAGGGCAUAUCGUCAAAAAGUUUUAAAACACCACCCUGACAAACGUAAGGCUCAAGGGGAGGAAGUAAGAAGUGACGAUGAUUACUUUACUUGCAUAACAAAAGCAUAUGAAAUUCUUGGCACCCCAAAAAAUAGAAGAUCAUUUGACUCAGUUGAUCCAACUUUUGACGAUACUGUUCCUACUGCUUCCGAUGUCAAAAGGGAUGGUUUUAUUAAAACAUUCUCUAUGUAUUUUGAAAUCAAUGCAAGAUGGUCAGAAAAAAAGAAUGUACCAUUAUUAGGGGAUGAAAACAGUUCACGGGAAUUUGUGGAAAGGUUUUAUGCCUUCUGGUAUGAAUUUGAUUCUUGGCGUGAGUUUUCUUAUAUGGAUGAGGAGGAAAAGGAAAAAGGUAGUGACAGAGAGGAAAGGAGAUGGAUAGAAAAGCAAAAUAAAGUAGCUCGCGCAAAACUAAAAAAAGAAGAAAUGGCUAGAAUUAGAAGUUUAGUGGAUCUAGCAUACGCUAAUGAUCCUAGAAUACAGAAAUUUAAACAAGAAGAUAAAGACAAGAAAUUAGCGGCUAAGAGAGCUAGACAGGAUGCUGUUCAAGCAAAGAAGGCAGAAGAAGAAAGGCUUCUCAAGGAAGCCCAGCUUGCUAAACAGAAGGCUGAAGAAGCUGAGAGAGCCAAGAUCGAAGCAGCAAGGGCAGAGAGAGAAAUGCAAAAGAAAAAUCUAAGGAAAGAAAAAAAGUCUCUGCGAGACUUAUGUAAAACAAAUAAUUACUAUGCUCAAAAUGAUAAUGAAACUGUAUCCCACAUGGCUGCUGUAGAAAAGAUUUGUGAACUCAUGAAAUUAAUGGAAUUGCAGGACUUUAUUAAGGAAUUAGAAGCAAAUGGUAGAAGUAGCUUUCUCAAGACAAUGAAGGAUACUGAAGAUAAACUUGAAGCUGAACGCCAUGCACUUUUUGAAAAUAAAAAGGUUGAAGAACAUAGAACAAAGAAAAGUGCAGCACUAAAAGCCCCUGUGGAGUGGUCUGUAGAAAUGACACAAUUAUUAAUUAAAGCUGUAAAUUUAUUUCCAGCAGGGACAAAUCAAAGAUGGGAAGUUGUUGCAAACUUUUUAAAUCAACAUGGCACAUUCACUGACGAAAGACGUUUUAAUGCUAAAGAAGUUCUUAAUAAGGCUAAAGAUCUACAAAGUUCUGAUUUUUCUAAAAGUAGCCUCAAAAAAGCAGCAAAUGAAGAGGCAUUUGAUCAAUUUGAAAAAGAUAAAAAGAAAGUAACAAGUACCAUAGAUGAUAACAGCAUAUCCAAGAAUGAUACAUCUAAAGUUGUUAAUGGAAUCUCACCAAAAGUCAAUGGUGAUGUUAAACCUCCAAAAGAAGAAAAGUCAUGGACAAAGACUGAACAGGAAUUAUUGGAACAAGCAAUCAAGACAUUUCCGGCUAGCACUGGAGACAGAUGGGAUAAAAUAGCUGAUUGCAUACCAAAUAGGAGUAAAAAAGAUUGUAUGAAAAGAUACAAAGAAUUAGUAGAACUUGUAAAAGCAAAAAAACAGGCAGCCAAUUUGGCAAAAUAACAUUAAAUAAUGUUUAGAUCCUAAACAAAUUAAUAAAUUGACAUUAUUUCAAUGGCCUUCUCUUAUUGUGAGUAAAUAUUGUAAAACCUGUGUUGCAUACAAAACCAUAGAUAAGGAAAUGAUUGAAAGUGAUAGGAAAUUAUUUUGAAAUAUUUAUUGGAUUCUAUACUUAAAAAUGGCUUGUUUUUUAAAAAGAAUCCUAUCAAGUAAAACUUAAAGUAAUAUUAAUAACAUCACUUUUACCUUUGCGUAGUUAACAUAUAAUAAUUUAUAUUUCAUUGAUCUUUUUAUAUAUUUUGUAAUGAGUUCAGUUCUAUUCUUGAAAGAGAAUAUAGUAUGUUACUUUCAUUUAUUUAGCAUAAUACUAACUCUUCAGUUACCUUUAGCUUAAAUGUUGACUGCAGAAUUGGUGGUAGCUUUAGGCUUCUAGGUAAUGAAAUAUUUCUUAUGUGAAAGCACUCAUUUAGUUUUUAUAAACAGCAGAAAAUGUUUUAUUGGAUUACAGAAAAUAUUAUGAUACUUACAAAUCCAUGUUCCUAUUUAAACAUGUUACAACAAAGGUAUGAUAGACAAAGAAUACCUACAUAUAAUAAUUGCUCAGUCCUAGGUCUAAAGCUGCUAUCACAUUCUUAAGAAUCUUGCAUCAUAUUUUUGUAAUUAUUAAUUAUUUGCAGUGGAUAAUAAAAUAUUAGUCUAUUGGUAAUAAAAAUUGUUUUAUUAAUAAAAAGUAUAUUCAUAUAAAGUUAUGACAACUCACACUAUGAAAGGCUUGGUGAUAGUGGUGCCAAUUUCAACAAUAGUUUUUCAAACACUAUUCUGUGACAUAGCUUUACAAAAAAGAUAAUGAUUAUUUCACCAUUAAAUUAGUUCAGUAACUAGCA